AUGGCGCACGCGUGCGCUCGCGGCGUCGUCGCGCCCGCGCCGUCGCGCGUCUCCCCGCGCGUCUCCGGACGACGCGUCGUCGUCGCCCGCGUCGGGACGUCGUCCGCGGAGGCGUCCGCGAAGGAGGCGCCGAAGAAGUCCGAAGCGAAGGGCGCGAACGAGGUUCAGUUCGAGGCCGUCAUCGGCAUCGAGACGCACGUCCAGAUCAACUCGAACACGAAAGCGUUCUGCCGCUGCGCGGCCGUGUACGGCGCGGAGCCGAACCGCCACACGUGCCCGGUGUGCCUGGGCCAUCCCGGGACGUACCCGAUCCUCAACGCCGCCGUCGUGAAAAAAGCCAUCGCGCUCGGGAUCGGUCUCGACUGCUCCGUCAUACGACGCAAGUCCACGUUCGACAGGAAGCAGUACUUUUACCCGGACCUCCCCAAAGGGUACCAGAUAUCGCAGUUCGACGAGCCGUACGGCGAGCACGGGAAACUCGACGUCGUCAUCCCGGUGGAGGACGGCGGCGGCGUACGAACCAUCGGCAUCACGCGCGCGCACAUCGAAGAAGACGCGGGAAAGCUGACGCACUUCCCCGCGAAAGGAAACGAGCCCGGGUACGCGCUCGCGGAUUACAACCGCGCAGGCGUGGCGCUCGUGGAGAUCGUGAGCGAGCCGGACCUGCGCACGGGACGCGAGGUGGCGGCGUACGGCGCCGAGUUGCGGCGACUGGUUCGGUACCUCGACGUCAGCGACGGGAACCUCUCCGAGGGAAGCAUGCGGUGCGACGUCAACGUCAGCGUCCGGCCGGUCGGGAGAGAGGCGUUCGGGACCAAGGUGGAGGUGAAGAACAUGAACUCGUUCAACGCGAUGUCGAGAGCGGUGGACUUUGAGAUCGAGAGGCAGACGACGCUCAUUCGCGACGGGCGAGGCGACGAGAUCGUUCAAGAGACGAGGACGUGGGACGAGGGCAGGCAGCGCACGGUGAGCAUGCGCAAGAAGGAAGGCCUCGCGGACUACCGGUACUUCCCGGAGCCGGACCUCCCGCCGCUCGUGUUCGACAACGCGUAUGUCGACGGCGUCAAGGCGGAGAUGCCGGAGUUGCCCGCCGCGAUUCGCGCGAGGUACGCGGCGCUCGGCUUGCCCGACGACGCCGUGCAAGUCUUGGUCGAAGACAAGGCUCUCGUGGAGUACUUCGACGCGACGAUCGCCGCGGGCGCGCCCGCGAAGCAGGCUGCGAACUGGCUCACCGGCGACAUCAUGGCGUACCUGAAGAACGCGAAGGACGUGACGAUAUCCACGAUGCCGCUGCGCUCGAAAGAUCUCGCGGAGUUUUGCUCGAUGAUCGAGAACGGCGAGAUCAGCGGCAAGAUCGGCAAGGACAUCCUCCCGGACCUCCUCGUCGGGGAGACAGGCGGUGCGGGGCCGCGCGCGAUCGUCGAGGAGCGGGGGCUGAGCCAGAUCUCCGACCCGGCGGAGAUCGAGGCGAUCGUGGACAAGGUGUUGGAGGAGAACCCUGGACAGUUGGAGCAGUACAGAGGCGGGAAGGACAAGCUGAAGGGGUUCUUCGUCGGGAAGGUGCUCGCCGCGUCCGGCGGACGCGCGAACCCGGCGCUGUCGAAUCAGAUCCUGAUGAAGAAGCUCGCGGGCGAGUAG